UAUAAAAUCGCUGCCACUGGGUGGGAGGCAUAUGCAUACAAUCCAUGUUCGUAACCCUGAGAGCUACCAAUGAGGUGACUGAUUAUUUCCCAAGGGGUUGAAACUGUUGGCUCGAGGUUACAUCCUAGCACCAAAGUCCGGGAGUCUGCUGUUAUCAUGUCUUCUCGAUUGCGGGGAGAUUCCCCUAUUCUAUCUGUUCUUCUGGAGCACAAUUUCGCGGGCCGUCCUUGUCCCUUGUAGACCUUGAAGAACCGUCUCCGCUCGGGUCGAGUUACGCACACUAUAUCUACCGUACGGACUCGCUCGUCACAUUGAUAUCGCUAAAUUCUUUUUCCCUCGGGUCAGCUUACUUGGUGUAUCGAUAUGGAUUUGAUUAUGUGUGCCGGCCUGACGGCCGUUGAGUCGCUCCUUGUAAACCACAUCCCAGGCCAGGAGUCUCGGGCCGUGUCAGGUAAAAUUUCCUUGGCUCUUUUCUGCGCGCAGUACUUUGCGGUCAAGUUUUACCGCAUAUUUUUGUACCACAGAUACUUCUCGCCCCUUCGGCAUCUUCCCGGCCCAACGGAUAAUCAUUUUCUCUUCGGGCAGGCUCUAAAUUUCUUGAAGGCUGAAUCUCCUACGACGCUCUAUAUAAAAUGGAUGAGGGAACACCCUGACGCCCCGUUCAUUCGAUAUCUCACCUGGGGUAACACCGAGGUGCUGGUUCCAGUCAACCUCAAUGCUCACCGAGAAGUGCUGCAAUUCCAGUGUUACUCUCUAGAGAAGCCAAAUUGGUUUCUCCGCAUCGUCAAAGAGGUUGGCGGCCAUGGACUCAUUCUUAUGGAAAGGGAUGAACACAAGGCUCACCGAAAGAUGCUUGGCGGCUCUUUCUCCCUGAAGAACAUUCGAAAGUUGGAGCCGAUUUUCCAAGAAAAAGCCCGGGAUCUGUGCCGAUACUUCAGCCAAUGCAUCCGUGAAAACGACAACAAGACCGGUACUAUCGACUGCACCACAACCUUCUCUAAAGCUAUUCUGGAUAUCAUGGGCUCUGCUAUCCUAGGAGUUAGGCUUGACUACGUGAAACCCGGUGAAGAAAAGGCGGAGAAGAGCAAUGAUCUCAAGGAAGGUUGUUCGUUCCAUGAGGCCUACGACAUCUUUUUCUCUCCGAAGGGCAUUGGCAAGGUUUUGCUGUUCGCUAACGGAUUUUUACCUACGCGAUGGUUACCGUUCGAUGCAAACCGCAAGUUCUUGUUCGCAAUGGAUUGGUUGAACGAUGUCCUCCGGGGUCUCAUCCGAGACCGUUACCGCCAAGUUUCGGCUGCAACUGCUGCAGGCAAGUAUGAGUCCAAGGACUCUAAAGAUCUACUCACCUUUGUCGUUGAAGAAAGCUUGCCCGGCGGAAUUGCUGAAGGCAUUGGAGAGACUGAAUUCCUAGGUCACCUGCUUGAGUUUAUGGCUGCUGGACACGAUACAUCUGCCAAUAUGCUUUCAUGGAGUCUGUAUAUCUUGGCUUUGAACCCGGACAUUCAAGAGACACUCCGUGAAGAACUGAAGGAGUUACCGGCCGACCCGUCGUACAAUGACCUCGAGAGGCUCCCUUACUUAGAGGCCUUCUCCAAAGAGGUCCUGCGUCUAUAUUCACCAUCUACCACCUAUCACCGUGCAACGAGUACCAACAUCGUAGUUGAAGGAGUUCACAUUCCCGCCGGAGUCUUGGUAGAUCUAGCUCCGUCAGUGACUCUUAUGAACCCGUCAAUUUGGGGUGAUGAUGUGGAUAAUUUCGAUCCUACACGAUGGCAACGCUUGACCGGCGAACAGCUUUCUCCUUAUGCCUUCUCCCCCUUUUCAAACGGGCCACGUAUUUGCAUUGGCCGCCAGUUCGCCUUAUUUGAAAUCAAGUACAUCCUCAUGGAAAUUGUUCGCAAUUUUCGGUAUGUGAGCGUUGACAACGGUUUUACUAUUGAGAACCCUGGGUUUACACUCAGGCCUCAUGGAUUAAGAGUUAGGUUCGAGCAGCUAAAGAAAUGAAAGGAGAAUAAUAAGGGUUUAAAGGAGAUGGUGGUAUCGGCGUAUUCAGGCCAGACAAGUUUCUGGAACUAUCCCUAAUCUUUUUUUCCAAUCCAAGCCAUGAAGAAGGUGACCGCUUCCUUUUGUAUAGGUCCCUCGUUGCCAGGCAUUUACUAUGUGUCCCGGGCGAGUGCUUCCUCUCAGCUGAAGUUAAUUCAGAACAAUAGAUUGCCAUAAUAUAUCUACCUAUUUAAUUAUGUUCAACUUUCGUCAUGUUUCAUAAUUACAAGCCCUAACUCAUAAAUACGAGUGGUCUCUUUGGGCCAUGGAGUUUGUUUAGGAAAAUUUGAAGAUUUGCUCAUUUCAUAAUAUUGGUACCUAGGUAAUUAAGUGCCUACCUAGGUACCUCCUCGUGGCUUGCAAAAUAAAAGAUAUAGAUAAAAGGAAUAACUACCUCAAUCAAUUUGAAUGCCCUAAGGUCCAUCUAUGUCCAUGACGCCUACAAUGUCUGCAUAUGAAUCUUUGACAGGGGCUGGAUAACAGCUAGUUAGCUACAGCUUGUAUAAUACCUGAGA